ACCAAUAAGAGUGUAUGAUCAUUCGUAGAUAAGAUUGAAAAGCAAAAAGAACGAAGAGACUAUAAUACUAAUUGUCAGUAGAAAUAAUAAAAAGUGGAAAAGUAAAGCAGAUAAAGUUCAUCGUUAACUACACACCGACAAAAUGAGCGAUAUACCAAAAAUGUUAAUGAGCAGUGUUGCAAUUACGGCGAUCGUCGUAGUAGGAUAUAAAGUUAUUAAAUCUACGAUGAAAAGAAAUCCUCGCUCCUACAAACAAGCAAGAGAAAAAGUGAAAACUGAAAGAAGGCGCGAUGUUGACAACGAGUAUUCUACUUUACAUAAUCCAAAUUGGAAAGAAAUUGGUCAAGUAACGAAUUUGUUGAUAUAUCUAGUGAAAUCGAGUAAAAUGUCAGUGUCUUAUAAUUCAUUUAAAUUUUGCGAUUAUGGAAUGUGUACAGAGAAUUUCGGGACAGAUAUUUGGGACGGAAUGUUUGCAGUGUAUAACAAAAGAACAGAGAAAUUCGAAGAUAGCCGAAAAUACCCUGCAUUGGGAAAAUUGGAAACAUGGCCCUCAGGCCAUAACGAAGUAACAUUGCGCACUAAGUCCAGCAGUGAACUAAUAUUGAAUAUGCAACAAUAUCGCAAUUCUGCCAAUGUAUUCGUGAAAGAGACAUGGAAUGAAACUUUGGAGGCAUUUUCUGAUUCAGAUGUACACGUUAAUACAUGGUUAAAAGACGUGAUACAAUCUAAUGAGAUAAAUGAAACUGACGAAGAUAUAAUUUUGUCAAAAAUGAAUCCGCGUAAUCCAAAUUCGACAGAAGGAAUAAAAAACAAUUGGUUUCGCUUUGUGCAAGGGUACGAAGCUAUGGAAAAAGAUGAAACGGGAAAAUUCAUAACUUUACCACGUUUCGUACUGAUAACAAUGCAGACAACUUUGAAAUUAAGUAAUUAUGACUUUAUAAAUGCGGCGCCAAAUAUUAUGAUUAAAACUGACGAAAAAGUGAUAAAUGCUUUUGAAGAGAAAACCUGGGAUUGGAUAAAAAUCGGUAACGAUGUAAUUCUCAGAAAGCUCAAACCAGUUCCGAGCACUGAUAAAACAGUCCAACAUUGUGGAAUUUAUUGUGCUUUAUGGUCCGGUGGGUACGUAGAGAAAGACGAUAAAAUAUAUAUUUACUCUUCUGAUACACAGUAGAGGUGUAAAAAGAAUAUGAUGUGGAUAAAUGCCGUUUUGUCAUAAUAAGAGUUUGACGUUUAAGGUAAUUCUACUUUAUUGAUUUUUAUACAAAUAUGUAUAAAUAAAUAAUUUAGUACUUUCCAUGUCUGUUGGUGAUACACAAAAAUUAACAUUUACCGGUA